AUGGGGCAAGGAACCUCCACUCCUUACGUCCAGUCUCUUGUCAUAAUUACUGGUGUGAAGUUUGCUCAGGAAGGCAGUGCUGUGACAAGAGUUUGUGAGCCAUCAACGCCUCGCCCGGCUUCCCGACGCCUCGCCCGGCUUCCCGACGCCUCGCCCGGCUUCCCGACGCCUCGCCCGGCUUCCCGACGCCUCGCCCGGCUUCCCGACGCCUCGCCCGGCUUCCCGACGCCUCGCCCGGCUUCCCGACGCCUCGCCCGGCUUCCCGACGCCUCGCCCGGCUUCCCGACGCCUCGCCCGGCUUCCCGACGCCUCGCCCGGCUUCCCGACGCCUCGCCCGGCUUCCCGACGCCUCGCCCGGCUUCCCGACGCCUCGCCCGGCUUCCCGACGCCUCGCCCGGCUUCCCGACGCCUCGCCCGGCUUCCCGACGCCUCGCCCGGCUUCCCGACGCCUCGCCCGGCUUCCCGACGCCUCGCCCGGCUUCCCGACGCCUCGCCCGGCUCCCCAACGGCCCGCCCAGCUCCCCAGCGGCGCGCCCAGCUCCCCAACGCCUCGCCCAGCUCCCCAGCGGCCCGCCCAGCUCCCCAACGGCUCGCCCGGCUCCCCAACGGCUCGCCCAGCUCCCCAACGGCUCGCCCGGCUCCCCAACGGCUCGCCCAGCUCCCCAACGCCUCGCCCGGCUCCCCAACGGCUCGCCCAGCUCCCCAACCCCUCGCCCAGCUCCCCAACGGCUCGCCCGGCUCCCCAACGGCUCGCCCGGCUCCCCAACGCCUCGCCCGGCUCCCCAGCGGCCCGCCCAGCUCCCCAACCCCUCGCCCAGCUCCCCAACGGCUCGCCCAGCUCCCCAACGGCUCGCCCGGCUCCCCAACGGCUCGCCCGGCUCCCCAACGCCUCGCCCAGCUCCCCAACGCCUCGCCCGGCUCCCCAACGGCUCGCCCAGCUCCCCAACGCCUCGCCCAGCUCCCCAACGCCUCGCCCGGCUCCCCAACGGCUCGCCCAGCUCCCCAACGCCUCGCCCAGCUCCCCAACGGCUCGCCCAGCUCCCAAACGCCUCGCCCAGCUCCCCAACGCCUCGCCCAGCUCCCCAACGCCUCGCCCAGCUCCCCAACGGCUCGCCCAGCUCCCCAACGCCUCGCCCAGCUCCCCAACGCCUCGCCCAGCUCCCCAACGCCUCGCCCAGCUCCCCAACGCCUCGCCCAGCUCCCCAACGCCUCGCCCAGCUCCCCAACGGCUCGCCCAGCUCCCCAACGCCUCGCCCAGCUCCCCAACGCCUCGCCCAGCUCCCCAACGCCUCGCCCAGCUCCCCAACGCCUCGCCCAGCUCCCCAACGCCUCGCCCAGCUCCCCAACGCCUCGCCCAGCUCCCCAACGCCUCGCCCAGCUCCCCAUCGCCUCGCCCAGCUCCCCAACGCCUCGCCCAGCUCCCCAUCGCCUCGCCCAGCUCCCCAACGCCUCGCCCAGCUCCCCAACGCCUCGCCCAGCUCCCCAACGCCUCGCCCAGCUCCCCAACCCCUCGCCCAGCUCCCCAACCCCUCGCCCAGCACCCCAACCCCUCGCCCAGCUCCCCAACGCCUCGCCCAGCUCCCCAACGGCUCGCCCAGCUCCCAAACGCCUCGCCCAGCUCCCCAACCCCUCGCCCAGCUCCCCAACGGCUCGCCCAGCUCCCCAACGCCUCGCCCAGCUCCCCAACCCCUCGCCCAGCUCCCCAACCCUCGCCCAGCUCCCCAACGCCUCGCCCAGCUCCCCAACGCCUCGCCCAGCUCCCCAACCCCUCGCCCAGCUCCCCAACGCCUCGCCCAGCUCCCCAACCCCUCGCCCAGCUCCCCAACGCCUCGCCCAGCUCCCCAACGCCUCGCCCAGCUCCCCAACGCCUCGCCCAGCUCCCCAACCCCUCGCCCAGCUCCCCAACCCCUCGCCCAGCUCCCCAACGCCUCGCCCAGCUCCCCAACCCCUCGCCCAGCUCCCCAACCCCUCGCCCAACGCCUCGCCCAGCUCCCCAACGCCUCGCCCAGCUCCCCAACGCCUCGCCCAGCUCCCCAACCCCUCGCCCAGCUCCCCAACGCCUCGCCCAGCUCCCCAACCCUUCGCCCAGCUCCCCAACGCCUCGCCCAGCUCCCCAACCCCUCGCCCAGCUCCCCAACGCCUCGCCCAGCUCCCCAACCCCUCGCCCAGCUCCCCAACGCCUCGCCCAGCUCCCCAACGGCUGGAGUGAGUUUACCCGGUACAGAGAGGACAGCCGACACAGCCGACACAGCCCACACAGUCGACACAGCCGACACAGCCGACACAGCCCACACAGUCGACACAGCCGAUACAGCCCACACAGCCCACAAAGCCCACACAGCCCAUACAGCCCACACAGCCGACACAGCCCACACAGUCGACACAGCCCACACAGCCGACACAGCCGACACAGCCCACACAGCCGACACAGCCCACACAGUCGACACAGCCCACACAGCCGACACAGCCGACACAGCCGACACAGCCCACACAGUCGACACAGCCCACACAGCCCACACAGCCGACACAGCCGACACAGCCCACACAGCCGACACAGCCGACACAGCCGACACAGCCGACACAGCCCACACAGCCGACACAGCCCACACAGCCGGCACAGCCGACACAGCCGACACAGCCGACACAGCCGACACAGCCCACACAGCCGACACAGCCGACACAGCCCACACAGCCGACACAGCCGACACAGCCCACACAGCCGACACAGCCGACACAGCCCACACAGCCGACACAGCCCACACAGCCGACACAGCCGACAAAGCCGACACAGCCCACACAGCCGACACAGCCGACACAGCCCACACACCCGACACAGCCCACACAGCCGACAUAGCCGACACAGCCCACACAGCCGACACAGCCCACACAGCCGACACAGCCCACAUAGCCCACACAGCCGACACAGCCCACACAGCCGACACAACCCACACAGCCCACACAGCCGACAUAGCCGACACAGCCCAUACAGCCGACACAGCCUGCACAGCCCACACAGCCGACACAGCUCACACAGCCGACACAGCCCACACAGCCGACACAGCCGACAUAGCCCACACAGUCGACACAGCCCACACAGCCGACACAGCCCACACAGCGGACACAGUCGACACAGGCCACACAGCCCACACAGUCGACACAGCCGACACAGCCGACACAGCCCGCACAGCCGACACAGCCGACACAGCCGACACAGCCCGCACAGCCCACACAGCCGACACAGCCCACACAGUCGACACAGCCGACACAGCCGACACAGCCCGCACAGCCGACACAGUCGACACAGCCCACACAGCCCACACAGUCGACACAGCUGACACAGCCGACACAGCCGACAGUCCGAUAAUAACAAUGUCGUUCGUCUGCGUGUCACUGAACAGUGACAUUGAAAGCCUCUCAAACAAGAUGGCAACAGAGUCAGUGUACUGCAUCUCCACUUUGUCAGUAAAUUCUUAG